ACACUCUUCUUCUUCAACCCUUAAAACAUAACACACACAGAGAGCUAGAUACCAAAAAAGAACCAAAAUUUUCUCAAAAUCUAUUUCUUUCGAAUCAAACCCAUUUCUUGAAACUCGAUUUCAAACAAACCCAUCUCAUUGUUUUCUCCAAAAAGACAAAAUCAAAAUCUGAUCAAACCAAGCAUGAAGAGAGUCAGAGGAUUCAAAAUUGGACACAGAUUUGUCAAAAUCUUUAAAUGGAUGAUUCUACCAAGAAAACGUCAAUGCCCGACCCGAAUCACAAACCCGGUUUCCGGAAUCCGGUCUUUAGCACGGUGUUUAAGCCGUGGAGCUAAGAGAUUGUGCGGUGGUGGUAAGAAGAAUCCGGGUCAGAAUCAGAUCCGGUUGGGUAAAGAUCCGAAAAAGUCGAACCGGGUUGUACCGAGAGGACAUUUGGUGGUUCACGUCGGCGAAUCAGACGGUGACACGCGGCGAGUUGUGGUGCCGGUGAUUUACUUUAAUCAUCCAUUGUUUGGAGAAUUGUUGGAGCAAGCGGAGCGGGUUCAUGGGUUUGAUCAACCGGGUCGGAUCACGAUACCGUGUCGGGUUUCGGAUUUUGAGAAAGUUCAGAUGAGGAUCGCCGCAUGGGAUCAUUGCCGUAGGAAAACUUCGUACAAGAUUAUAUAAUUUGAAUUAAAAUAAAUAGUCAAAGGUCCA